UAUGCUGCUUAGGAGUGAAAACCCCGAAAGAAAAAUAUGAAUGAAUUUGAAAAGGUAAAAUCAUAUUUUUCAACACGAUACAUUCAUGCAUCCGAUGAAUGGAUAAAAUCAUGUAUAAUUUGGUACAAGGAAAAUUAUAACACGGACACAGUGACAAAUAAUGGCAUACAAAUUAUUUACGAGCAAUGGUUAAGUGCCGAUUUACGUGAUAUAGAAGUAGGAUGUUUACCAGAAAAUUUAAAAUCAUAUAAAAAAGUUACACUUCCCGGUAAAUACGCCUUACAAAUGCACUACGUGAUUGAUUCAAGUAAACCGGCAUAUACACAAUUACAAGUAAUUCGAAAUGUAAACACUACAAAUGAACAAGUAACCGCCGAAACACAACCAUCAUUUAUCGCAACCCCUAAAUCAAAUCGUGUCUUAAACAUGUUACUAUGUGAUGGUAUCCAGGAGGUGAAAGGUAUGGAGUAUAGGAUAAUUAAAAAAAUUCAUACGGAUUUAACACCGGGCAUUAAAUUAUUAAUUAUCGGUCCAGUGGAUUGUCGUAAUGGUGUGCUGUUUUUAAAGGAAAAUAACGUUCAAAUAUUGGGUGGUGAAAUUGAAGAAUUAUUGCAUAAAAAUGCAUACGAAAAUAUUUUAUGUCGAAUGAUUGGUUUACCCGAAAAUCCAAAUCCGAAAAUUAACGAAACUGUAAAUACAACGAUCCAAAAUGUGAACGUAGCUAGUGAAAAUAUUCAAAUUGAUGGUUUUGAUGAUGACGAUUUUAUGAUGGCAGAUAUUCCAAUUGAAGAAUUUGAACAAAAUUUUGAAAAUCCACCAAGAAAUACUGCUCAAACCAAUACGAGAAACCAACAAAACAAUCAAAAUCAAACAAGAAAUAUUGCUCAAAAUAAUGCCAGAAGAGAAUAUGAACAUAAUAUUGAAAAUCAAUCAAGGAAUAGUGCUCAGAUUUAUUCCAGAAAAGAAUACGAAAAUGAACCAACGACAACUGCUCAAAAUAAUGCUCAAGAUGAAUACGAACAUUCUAUUACGCAUUCAUCAACAAUCGCUCAAAUUGAUGCAAGAAUCGAUGAAGAAUUUGAAAAUAUUGACUUUGAUUUUGACGAUAAUCAUAUCGAUGACAAUAUUUUUACAACCACAACAAAUGAAAAAGUAUUAAAUACUCAAAAUAAUGAAAACCAAAAUAAAAUUACUCCAAAAAUAGUAUCGAAGAAACCGUUCGUGUACAUCAAACAACUUGUGGGUAAUACACAUUUACCAAAACAAAAGUAUACAGUUAAAGCACGAAUUAAAACUUUAGUUGAUAAAUUACGAUUUACGAAUAAACAAUGGAUGUUAAAAUGUGAAAUUGUUGAUGCAACUAGUUCAAUUAUUGUUGAUUUCUCGAAUCGUGUUAUUGAAGAACUUGUCGGCUAUACAGCUGAACAAAUGCCAGCUAUUCGACGUGAAAUUGCUACCAGUAGUUUUCAUAAAGAACAACUUUUACAGGCUUUGGAAAAUGCAAAAACUAAAUUAUUAUCACUUGAUUGUUUAAUGGACAUCGAAUUUUCUGAAACAAGAGCAGUACCAUUAGUUACAAGGUUCAAAGAAUUUUAUUAUUCUGAUUUAAGUAAUUUAGAAAAACGAAUUUCGUAUGCACUUUCUUGAAUUACUUG